ACUUUACGGGAUGCUUAGGCUCACGGGGUACCGAAUCGCAGAAAUUUUCUAACAUGGCGUCCAAAUCAGUAGACAAACCAGAGUUUCACAAGUGAACACAAAGUGACAUUUUCUUUAUUUAAGUUAUUCUGCUUUUGUUCGAAUAGUGAACGGUGUUUUUAAAGUCUGUGAUUUCACAUCUUCGUGUUUUCUGUGAAGCGGUUUGAGGAAAUAUCGUGAGCGACAUCAAUGAACUGUGGAUGCUCCGGAUCCUCCCAACUCGAGGUUGGAACAUUUCGCACUUAUUUGUCAAGUAAUUAGCGAAAUCCUCUCAGAACGUGUUGCGGUAGUGUCUAAAAACAAGGUGGGUGUUCGUGCUCGUUGCACAUCUGGGCCUACAGCACAAUUUCCCUCUCUAAACGCAUUCGCCGAUCCGUCUGCCCAUGUGCCCCUGUGUGUUCUGAUGUAAUUCGUCGAACUCAUUUUAGGUGGGGGCCAUAUGAGACUAAAUGCUUUGCAACAUUCUCAAUGCUUAUCAUUUUCAAUAUGGUAGUUACAUACUGGUGAGCUGCCAAGCUACACUCAGUGUCAGCCGUCAAGGCUCUUUGUGGAACAAAUGUAUUUUUGUGGACAAUGUCAGGUGAAGAACACAUUUUGUCCGUUGUGUGGUUAACAAAUCUUAGCUGCAAUGUUCCGCAGCAGUAUGGCUCGUAAGGGGGAAUCCUUACGGGCAAUUAAUGUGGCUGUUGUGGGCCUUUCUGGAACAGAAAAAGAAAAGGGCCAGCAAGGGGUUGGGAAAUCAUGCCUGUGCAAUCGGUUCAUGCGCUCCUUAGCUGAUGACUACAGUGUGGAUCAUAUAUCAGUUCUCAGUCAGACGGAUUUCAGUGGAAGAGUUGUUAACAAUGACCACUUCUUGUACUGGGGUGAUGUGGUCAAAGGAACGGAGGAAGGGCAAGAAAUUCUUUUCCAAGUCAUUGAGCAAACAGAAUUCAUAGACGAUGCUUCAUUUCAACCCUUCAAAGGUGGCAAAAUGGAACCCUACAUGAAAAGAUGCACCAACACUAAACUAACUUCUGCUGAGAAACUGAUGUACAUCUGUAAAAAUCAGCUGGGUAUUGAGAAGGAGUAUGAACAGAAGGUCAUACCCGAUGGCAAGUUCAAUGUUGAUGGAUUCCUUUGCCUCUAUGAUGUGAGUGUGGUUCCAAGCAGAUCUAUAGACAAACAGACCGAAGUGGUUGCUGCAAUCCUUAACAACAUUGUGAAAACUAAGAAACCUGUCAUAUUGGUCACAACAAAAAAUGACGAGGCCAAUGAAGCGUAUGUCAAAGAAGCUGAAAAGCUGGUCACUCGUAAGGAGUAUAAAGGUGCUAUUCCUAUGGUAGAAACAUCAGCUCACGAAAACAUCAACGUAGAUUCAGCAUUUAUUGCUUUGGCCCAGCUCAUUGACCGUUCCAAAGGCAGGAUGAAGGUUGUACCCUUCUCUGAAGCUUCUAGAUUGCGCAAAGAGGUGUUGGAACAAGCCACUGAAGUAUUUCAGAGACUCAUUCGGUCUCAGGUUACGGACUAUCGAGCAGGAUGGGUGUCUACAUCAAAGAAACUUACCAACCUACCUGACUUUUUGCGCUUUGUCGAUCAAUUUGGAAUGGACAGUGCUCACCGUCUUUUCCGACGUCAUGUUAAGAAAUUAAAAGAUGAAUAUUUGGCUGAACGUGUGCAAGGAUUCAUGGAAAUGUUACCUGAUGUACUGCAAGAAAUGAUUCCUGACCUCAAUACUCUUCAAGACAGUGACUGGGAGUCAGUUCAACAACACAUCAAAGACCAUCCAGAUUACACUCAAUAUUUCUAUGAGUGUCCCGAUGAGUUACCAUGGACAGAAGGUGAUUUUGAUGACCCAUCCGAGACUCGCAUACCAUUUGAUGUACUCGACACAAAUGAAGCUGAAACUGUGUUCAAAAAUCAUGUGAAUGCAUUACAACAGGAGCAGAAGAGACUAGAGCUACCCAAAAGGUGGAAAAAGCAGUUUAAGCAGUUGCUGGAAGACACUGGAUAUGUUACUCCUGGAAAAUUGUUGUCUGAAGUUAGAGUGUUGUUUAUGGGCCGUGAGUGCUUUGAAGCGCUUUCUGAUCAUGAAUGUCAAACAAUUUAUGACAGGCAUCAAAAAGAGAUUGUUGAAAAAGCCAAACACAACUUCCAGGAACUCCUUUUGGAGCAUGCAGAUUUAUUUUAUCAUUUCAAGAGUAUGGCCCCGACUGGUACAAUAACCCAAGAUGAUAUUAAGGAGAUCACUGAUGCUCUUCAGGAAGAUUCCCGAUAUAAAGCAUUGGAUCGUCUUGAUCAAGACCGCAAGCUUAUGCUCUUCCAGCAUUUAGGCUUUGUUCACUGUCCCAUUCGAGAACAUUGUCCAGCCUUUCCCAACUGCAUGGAUGCCCUUAUUGAACGCAUAUUAGCAAACAAAGCACACAGGCCAUCUUCUUGGACCCACAGUAGCCAAUGGCUUCUUAGCUCCGACAAUAACCAAUUGAACUUGGUGAUUUUGGGUAUAGACGGACUGGCAGAUGAACUGGCAACUGAAAUUCGGACUCAGUGUGAUGAUGAUGAAUACGAAAUUGACUGUCAGCUGUACAGCUUAGAUUACCGAAUCAUUGACGGUGAUGUCAGCUUGCCACAGAACUCUUUCAAAACCACUGACUUUGUUCCACAUGGAUGCUUCUGUGUGUACUCAAAUCCACAUACCUUCGAGUAUGUUCGUGAAAGUUUGGAGAAAACACUGCUUUCUAAUUUAGAGCAGGAUGAUCGGCUCCCAUUCCAAGGGCUUCCUAUUGUUAUAUUGUUUGUCGCUGAUCCUUCUGUUGAGGAGAAGGAAGUAUUAAGACUCAGAGAAGAGGGUCAAAGUCUUGCUGACAGCCUUCAAUGCCCCUUCAUUGAUGUCACAAUGGAGGACAUAGAUCCCAGUCAGCGAUUCAAUGCCAAUUUAGUUGCUGAUGCUUUACGUCAACUGAUUCUGAGUAUUCAUCAUAGAGCUGGUUUCAUUAAUGUAUAUCAAUCUGUAAUGGAUGGCUCUGAGCCUGACAUAAGGAUCAUCAUGUGUAUGUUUUGUGGUGACCCAUAUUCUGUUGAAAAUGUCCUUGGUCCAUUAUUGAAUCAUCAAUGCUGCUUUCUAAGUGGUGAACGCAGUAUUAUCCUUGAAACCUUUCUUGGGGAUUCUAAAAGAAAGGUUGAAGUUAUCAUUUCCUCGUAUCAUGGUGCCAAUGCAUUUCGAGAUGACCUUGUUCAUGGAUUUAUUUUAGUUUACUCAACCAAACGAAAAGCAUCACUGGCCACAUUGAACGCCUUUUCCAUGAACAUACCCAACCUGCCCAUACAAAUAAUGGCAGUGACAGAUACAGGAGGUGCCAAUGCUUUCUUCAGCAGUGAUCUCAGCCACUUACUCAUGACAGAAGGCAAUGCUGUUGCUGAUCGAUUGCAAGCUCACUUUAUGACUUCUUCGUCUUCAUGUCAACAGAAAACUGCUUUUUACACACCGUUCUUCAAAGAAGUGUGGGACAAGAAACCAGAAAUAGAACAGGCUUUUAAUAUGGAGGAACCACCUGGUCUGAGCCGAUCAGCAGAAUGUACUCUUGAAGUGAGGCCAGGACGCAGGCCAAGGCCGCCACCUCGUCUCGAAAGUUACCAUUGUAAAGGUGGCUCCAAUGAUGGGAGUGGAUCAGAAAUUUAUGAGCGGCUUCCUACUGAUGCAUCUCAGGGAGAUGAUAUCAAUCUUUCACCAUCAUUCAAUGAUCGCAUGCUCAGUCCCAGUGACGACAGUGAUAUUUAUUCCCAUGUGGAUAUGUACAGUCAAGAGAAUGGUGAAAGCCUAGUCAAACCAAGUGACAUCAAGAAUGCAAAAAUGCAUCAAGGGUUUCAGGUGUACCCCCCUCCCACCACUCCCCCAGAGCCUGCGCCCCCCGACCACCCACCGCGACAUCGGCUCGUCAAGGCUACUACGCUGCCUUCGGGAUCUCACACCAGUCUCGACGAAAUCACAUCUGACAUAAGUGGAUCAAGGGAGUCCCUUGCCACCAGAGACUCAGGAUGGGUGGAUGAUUCAGUAUUCCUUCAUCGCACUGAUGGAGAUGAUGGUAUGUGGAUGAACAAUUAUGCUCACCGUGCCUUCACUACUGGUCGGCGCCAUGUCCCACCGCCUAAAACAAGGCCAAAGGGUAACAGCCACACUUUAAAGCAACCUGGCAAAUUGAACAUGGAGGAAUACUCCCUGGUGACAGACGCUAUUGCUCGCAUGAAUGUGAACGCAAAUGUGAAAGGAAAGGACUCAAAACUAGUCAAGUUACAUAGACCUGUGUAUGGCCACCAUGCUCCCCUUGCUAGAGAAGAAAACAUGGAUGUAGUCUCAGAGUACGCACAGGUGAAAGAUGCUGUCCCAAAUCUCUAUUCGUCCUUUGAUGGAGAGUAUACUUAUGCCCUGGUUCAGGAUGCUGUUGGCAACAACAAAUCAAAAGUUCGACACCGAAGAGAGAAGGGCCGUCCUGCUUUCUCUGAAUCGGACAGUGACUGGAGCUCAUUGGAGCGAAAGCAGCGAGCUGCAGAGGCCUAUAAUAAAGCAAGUCGCAAGCCCACGCCUCACAAGCGUGUCCGUAAGAAGCGGACGGCCAUCCCUGUUCCUACCCCAAGGGUUCCCAACAUGCAAUCCUUUGCACCAUCUGCUGAUGGGGCAGGAAUGCUUAGCUAUCGCUUAAAGGAUGACAAGUCCCGGGGUGCGGGCGAUUCCCUUGAAAGAGCAAACAGCGAAUCACCUUCAGAUGCCAGUGAUGCAAGUGAUCCAGACAUGUCGGCUGGCUCAGCAAUGAGACCACAAACAAAGCUUGAAAAACAUUCAUUCCGAUUGAAAAAACGAACCCUUGGACCUGCUCCUAGGCCUCCUGUGGUGCCGAAUCCCCCAAGCCUCGACAAUGAUAUGUUCUCCCCCACCUCCAAAAUGAAACUGGAAGGAUCCUAUGGACGCAUCCAUGAUGAUGAAUCCAGUCUAGAUGUUUCUUCCCCUAGAGAUGUCAAUUCUCCUCUGUUUGGCAUGGGCAGCAAAGUCAAAGAGGAUGACAAACUUAACCGGAGGAAAGAGAAACAAAGAGCCAAAGAUGAUGAAAAACUUGAGAAAAAGCGUCAAAAAGAAGUGAAGAAGCUAGCAGAGAAGGAGAAAGAAAGAGAGAAAAAGAAAAUUCAGAAGCAGCAACAGAAACAGCAAUCUGUUACAAAGCAGCUGUCUGCUGGUGGAAGCAGUGGUGUAGGGAGCAGUGGGUCCGGAGCGUCGGUGCCGACUCUGCAAGACUUUGUGCAAUCUGAGAACAAUGCUGUACCCUUACUUCUAGAAAAGUGCGUGAAAUUCAUUGAAGAAGAAGGACUCGACUCGGAGGGCAUUUACCGCGUUCCAGGAAAUCGCGCACACGUCGACUUACUCUUCCAGAAAUUUGAAGAAGAUUCUUCGGUAGAUAUUCAUGAGUUGGACAUACCAGUGAAUGCUGUUGCAACUGCUCUCAAGGAUUUCUUCUCCAAGCGUUUACCACCAUUGUUUACAGAGGAUGCCAUGACGGAAUUGGAAGACAUAUCUGAGCUGUAUGUUACAGUGAGAGGAGAUCGAAGCUGUAGACUGCUUGCCCUUCGCAGUUUGCUUAAGAAGAUGCCAGACGUUAACUUUGAAGUUCUGAAGUUCAUUUUCCAGCACUUUGUGAGGGUAUCAGAAAACUGCAAAUUGAACAGUAUGGACUCAAAGAACUUAGCCAUUUGUUGGUGGCCAACACUGCUUCCCAUAGAGUUCAGUGAUAUGGGCCGGUUUGAAGCCAUGCGACCACAUUUGGAAGAUGUGGUGCAAACUAUGAUUGAUCAGUACCCUUUUUUAUUUUGCGGCAAAGAGGCUUUUGUCAUGGUGUGAAUGGGAAGACAGCCCCUGCUUCAGCAUCUGACUAGUACAUUCCCUACUUUACUGCAUUUGUGUCAGCAUCAGCCAUUAAAUGUUACUUUGCAAUGUCACAAUUGUGUAUGGUGCAUCUUCCUAAAAUUUCAAUUAUGACAACGAUUCUAUUUGCCAUUUAGAUAUUAUUUUCUUUCCUAUGAAUUUGUAUUAAGCCUCUAUGGUCGGCCACAUGGACAAAGAAUUAAUUUUACCAUUUUUAUUGAAUCUGUUUUUUGUUGCACACUAUGGAAUGUUAGUUCAACAGAUCUAGUAGCACAAAUGAUUGGAGUGAUUAAGUUUAGCUUUAAAUCCAUUCUUCUGUGGUUGGAAUUUCAUGGCUGUGAAUGAUCUACUUAAUCAUUUCCACUUUUUAGUUUGGUCUGUAAUAUUUCCAUUUAAAAAGAUUUUUUUAAAAACAUGAGUGUUAGUUAACUUAAAACAGUAUUCACCAAUGCAAUUUUAGCGUACUGUGUGCGUCUAAAACCCACGUUCACUACAGUAGUGAUUUUUUUAAUUCAGGUUACACUGUGUCUCAAGUUCAUGGGUAUAGAAGUUUGAUGUGUAUUCAUUAGUGACACAUACAUGUUGACUUAAAACAUUCUAUUUUGAAUGAUACUGUGGUUGACCAUAUGCUUCACUCUUCUUUUGUUUUGUAUUGUGUUCUUUACACUCAUUCAGUAAAUGUACUGAGAAUUAAUGUUUUAAAUAUAGUGACUUUUCAAAAGAAAUUUAUAUAUUUCAUCCAUUUGGUGUUUGAAUUUUCAAGCAUUGUCUGUGACUGCAGUACUCUUAGGGUUCACUCAUUUGCAUUCUUUGGCUUCUGGAGUCUGUGAGCAUUGUUGUGGGAUAAUUCUAGUCUAAAAAAUAGAUAAAUUGUUGAGUUGUGCCAAUAUGAAUGUGGAGAUCCUAGGAGUCCGAUAGAUGCCUUGGUUGCAAUUGUAACAUUGAAACCAGUAUUAAGUUCUUUCUUUUAUUGUAUCAUGGCGUUCACAGUUCUGUGAAUAUUUGUGUAUAGAGCCUUAUUUAUGGGCGCUAUGAUGACAGAACUUGUCUCUAGCCCAUUUAGUAAAGUCAAAUUUUAAUAACAAAUAUAAUUAUAUAUAUCUAUAAUAUAAAAGUUUUAUUUUUAUUUAUUCAUUUGUACAGGAGGUGAUUGACAUGUCUAUGGAUGUGCUUUUUCUAAAUUUUCCAUCAUGAAUGUAGCUUAAGGGGAAGUCUUGCAAAGCCGUACCUUUUGAAAUUUGUACCAUGUACCUCACACUGAAUCGCAAUGAAUCUAUUUUUGUAGGGCCCUGGUUGCAAUUAAUUUUAAAUAGUCAACAUUUCUUAUAAUUUUUCAACAAGGAAAAAGGAAUGAUGAAAAGAGGAGAAUCAAUAAGACCGUAAUGCUUUUGAGUAGUGUGAUGCAUUGCUAUCAACUAAAUAUUCAACACAAUUUUUUAUAUUAUUAUCAAUGUUUCCUUUCAUGACCCGCACACAGAGCUCAAUUGUGUUUGUUUCUCCUCUUCAUUCUAUCUUUAUAAUGAAUUUCUGUAACUUUUGAAUGAACAGUAUGUGGUUUUUUGUAUUAGCUUGGGAGUAACAGAAUAUUCUGUGGUUGUGAAUGUAGUAUAGUUGUGAAGUGUAAAUGGUGUAAUGGUCUGAGUAAGUUUGAUCAUUUGAUUUGAACAAUGUGGGUCCACAUUUUCCCCACAGGUCUGACUGGCGCAAUUUUGAUACUGCAGCUAAUAUGAAUGUUACUGGACAGAUUUGUACUCUGUUUCUAAUAAGUGCUUUUAAAGACAAUAUUGCUUAUGUUUAUUACAUCUCCUGUUGAUCAUUAGUUCUUUGGUCGAAGUCUUUAUACCCUAUCCACUUGCCUAUGUACAAUUCAUUGAAUCUUUUUAAAAUGGCAAACUUACUUGUAAACUGGUUUUUAUGGUUACGUCCACAAACAUUAAUAAUCAUAAUGUUUCAUGAGUUGCUGGCCAUAGAUUGGUUUUGAUCAUUCUCUAAAUUAGGAACUUUUUGAGCUCCUUACGCAUCUUGGUUUUGAAAGUACAAAUGAAGAGCCAAUACAUUCCUAUUAAUGUUAAUCUUAUCUUGUAAGAGCAGUAACUUACUUGUGAGAUGCUCACAAUUUAACAUCACUUCCUUCCAAAUAAUUCUAGAAUCAACAUGGUGUUUAUUUCCCAUCCUGGGGGCCAAAGGAAUUUAGCUGAAUGUCACACUCUCAUGAAUUCUAUUUUAUUCCUAUCGGUCUAUUCAAGUUGAAGUUAUUACCUAUACUGUAUAUGGCUCAUUUACAGAAAGUGGACAAGUGGUUUGAUUGGGGAUAAGAAAGAUUUCAUCAUCGAGAUAGAUGAACUGAAGUUUUGGCUGAAAACUUAAGCAAAAUGUGUUAGGUCAUGUUUCAUAUCAGAAUGUGUCUACUCUAUGAAAUUUGGUUUGUAAAUUAGUUUUCUCAUGAUUGUUUCUUUGACAAACUGUCUGAUCUUUCUAAAUGUAAGGUUUGUAUUGAUGCUUAUCUCGGUCGUUUAAUUAACUCAAUAACUGAUCAACAUUACAUGUGUUAGCUGCAAGCAUGUUUCAAGUUUUUAAUCUAAAAUUUAGAGAUUUGUACCGUUGAGGCCUGAGUAACUCUUGCUCACAGCACACAUUCUGUAUCUAGUAAAGUGAGCUUUGUACUUUUGUAUGUCUUAUGUUCGGUCUGUAAUGUAAUGUUUUGUUUAAAUAUUUUCAAUGUGUAAGGUUUGUAUGUGCCCAUUGUAGCAGCAGAAGCCAGGAAUCGUUGAUAUUCUAGUUUGAUAUUAGUACCAUUGCACUGGAUGUGCUGUGUACAGUAGGAAUAAAUUGAACAAAUGAGCGCCAUAUCUCAUGAGUGGGACUCACAUUGACAAACUGCCAAUUUUCUUGAAGCUCAAAAUGAACCAACUUAGUUUUGUGCAAGUAUUGCACGCGAUUGGCACAGGCACAGCACAUGCACUUCACUGUGAUUGCGUAAUGAAGGCCUAUAGGCGUCAAGUCUAUAUGCUUGAAGAUACCAAAGUCAUCACUUCAAUCAAUAAACUAUGGAAUUAUGCAUGUUUGGAAGCGUAAACAUUUAACCACUUAAUGCUAGAUAUUAGUGUUAUGUUUUUCUUUUGUUUUAUCUCUUCUGUGAAUGUUUUUUGCUGUUUUUUCAUGUAUGAUUGUAAAGAGAACAUUUGGCAACAGGACUUGUUUCUAAAUUCACCAUUUGCUGGAAUGGAUUUUAUUGUAUCUUUUGUGCUAUGCAAAACACAAACAUAGGAUUUUUUUUUCUUUUAAAUUUUUGAAUGCAGUCUGUGAUAUUGCAUACUUAUUAAUUAGGAAAUGUGUAUGCUUCCUCACAUGUUAAGGACAUCAGUUAAAGUGCCAUCUUUGAUAUUGUCAAUUGUAACCCUUAUCUCGUUUUGUUUUGCGUCUGACAAAGCUUUAAGCCUUUCGUGUCAUUCAAUACUUUCAUUUUUGAGUUGUACUCUCGUAAACUAGUUAUUUAAGUUAGGCAGCACUCACUAUCUUUCUCUUACCCCCUCCCCUUUCCUUUUUUUUCUGCCCCUAAUAUUAUAGGGGUAGAAAAGUUAAGAAUUAGUGCACUCUUUAGUAUAGGCAGUGUGCUCUCUAGCUUGUAGCAUGUGUAUUUCAUUGCUAUUGGUGUUAGGAUUGCUGUUAGUGUUACCUCCUAGUCUCCUUUCUGUACAAUUGCUUAAGUAGCUCUGAAAUUCAAAACUGGUCUCUUUUACUCCUGUCUUAAAUUUCUGGGUCUUUUUGGACUUUAUUAUAAUUUUGACUUUGAAGCAUGUCUGCUUGUACAUAGCAUGUACAUAGUAGUGACACAAUAAAGACAAAACAAAAAUGUGUUGCACUCUGCUACAACAUUUCCAAAAAAUCUGUGUAUGCAAUUAAAUGAAGCUUUAAGUGUAUUUUUCUCUUAUAAUGUAAUGUUUUGAGUAGAAUAACAUUUGGGAGCACAAAAAUCUUAUGAAUUCUUCUUUGUGUACACAUUUUAUUAAGUCAGAUUGUAAUAUCAGUCACAUAUUUGGAGUCUGCUUACUCAUGUGCAUGUGCUCCUGCUCCUUUAAUGACUCCGAUUUUGCAAGCAUAUGGAAACUUACCUCUUUUAUUUUAGAACUCUAUGUACUGAGCCAGAGGUAGGGGCUGGACCCCUCUCUGGCAUUUUUUUAGUUGUACCAGAAUGUACGUACUGGGGUAUUGUAACCUUUCCUUUUUAACCUUAUUCAUUUUUGUAAAAGUCAAGUCAGUACCAUUUAUUUCUCUCUCAUGCACUUGGAACUCAAAUUGAGAGUUGGCAAUGCGUGCAAGCGCAAUUUUUUAAUGUGAAAAUUUAUUACUUGAUUGUAUACUUUGAUCUGUGUAAUUAUUGUCAAUUCCUUUGCAUGGCUUUUGUCUGUCCUAAGUGUAAUCUUUUAAAUUGAAUUGCUGCUUGUAGUAGUUCAUCUGGUUUUUGGAGAAUCAUUAUGCUUGACUACCUGUCUGAAGUAUACUGCUAUGUUUUUGACUGUGCUCGCAUUAUAGGAAAAUUGUGAGAAAUUCAUCAUUCUAAGCGAAUAUGAUGAUCUCCCUGGUUAGGAAAGUGGUCUCCGAUGCAAGUUUACUGUGAGCUUGAAGAAGCUUUGUGAUAAGCAUAAUUCUAAGUCAAAUGUCAGUUUAUUUAAAUGUCUUAAUUUAAGUAUAAAUGUUUAUAGACCAGUGUCAGACUAGAAAAUUUAAUUGUGAGUUUUGGAAGAUACUGUUUAAGAUGGAUGUAGCUUGAUGGUUUUAUUAAACAUAAUGUAUGAUAAUGGAAAAUAUACAUUGCUUUCCCAUCUAGACAAUAUGA